GAACGCUAGUGUGACAGUAGUAGAUCCAGUAAGGACAGUAGUAGAUCUUAGUUCCACCGGAUCACCACUACGUAGUGCUAGCAUUUCAAUGUCCAUGAAUUAACUAAAUUUUUAAUUGAAAAAAAAGAAACAAAUCUAUUUAAAGGAAUUAAUUUAUGAACUUUUAUUACUGGACUUCAAUUAGACUCGACUUUUCUACUUCAUUCUGUUUGAUUUUCUAAAUGCACGUAAAAACUUACACGUUCAUAAUGUACGUAUGAGUUACAUUCAGUAAUGAUGUUUUGUUGGGAAUGGUUUGAUUGUGCCGGGAAGCAAACGAAAAUACAUAUGUGUAUCUGUUACUUGUUCAUUUAAAACUUUAAAAAUAACUGUACAUGAUGAUUGAUGAACUUUUGCCGCGUAAUUUUUUAAAGAAUGUAUUACAUUUCGAAAUCAGAGAAAUAAUUAUAUUCCUUGAGAUUAUAGUAGGUCUGUGAUAUAUUAAUUUUUUUUAUAUGGGAAAUUAUCACGUCGUAAUCGGUUGCUACAUAGUUUCAAAAUCCGUAGGAUUACGAUGAAGUGCGUGCAGCAUAGUAUUCUGUACUUCAUUUGUAAUAAAUAUAAACAACAUGUUCCACGUAAUUUAUGUUGCGAACCUCGUUUAUUAUAUUGUGAAUCGAAUAUAUAUCAUGUUUUUGAACGGAAUGUUUGUAGUUGACUUUUAACUCACUGUGAGAAAUUUUAAUCGUUUAUAAAAAAAAUGAUAGGUAACUAAUGUAUUGAAAUGCAAUCACAAAAGCAUCUUCAACUAACUUUGGCAAUAAUCAAACCACAUGUUGUUAAAUCUCCUUUUGUGCUCCAGAAAAUUCGAGACUUAAUAAUUGACAACAAUUUAAAAAUUGUCAGAUCGCACAGGACGGUAAUCACUCAUAAGGAGGCAGAAUUGUUUUAUGAAGAACACAAAGAAAAGUUUUUCUACAAUCGUCUUUUGACAUUUAUGUGUAGUGGCCCAUCAGAUAUUCAUAUCUUGGCAGAUCACAAUGCUAUUGCUAAGUGGAGGCAAUUAAUGGGCCCUACAAAAGUGUACCAGGCACAGUAUAUUGCUCCUGAUACGAUUCGGGGAAUGUACGGUUUAUCGGAUACAAGAAAUGCAACUCAUGGUUCUGAUUCAAUUGCAUCAGCGGAGAGAGAAAUAAACAUAUUCUUUGGUAAUUUCAAUAUUAAAAAAUGGUAUGAACAUGAUGAAAAAUAUUACAAUUUAGGUCAAAUUCAUUUUGAUCCAGUUGCCUUUUUACAUACUAUUGAUACAAGUUUCGUAAACACUAAUAAAGAACAAAUUACAAAGUAAAUAUUGUAAAUAAAGUACUCAGCUUUUAUUAAAUAUUUAAUAAUAUAGAGUUUUACAAAAAUUGUAUAUAUUAUAUACAAUUAAACAUAAAUAUAUAUACACAUAUAGACGUAUCUAUAUCUAUAUGAUGCAAUUCAAGCUGCCAAGUAGUCAGAAAUACAUUCAGCAUAAGUUGAAAAAGAUAAUAACAUUAUGUGACAAUAAGUACACAAUAUCCAAAGAGUAGUGUAAUUAAAACAAAGUAAUAUAAAAAAAAGUGAUAUGUACAAUAAAAAAAUCAAAAUAUUGCAAUUGAAAGCAAUAUUCUACACUAAUAAUUUAAGAUGUAAUUUAUCUUUAAUUAUCAAUAAUUAUCAAUAAUUUAGAAAUUACAUUAGAAAUUCAAAAAGUAAAAGAAAUUGUUGAAAUAUUUCUCCUCAAUGCAUUGCUUGUACUGUAAUUAGUCAAUGACAUUAAAACCUCGUAUAUUUGAAGCAAUUAUUUUACUCCCUUUUUCUUGAAAUGGAAUAUAUAAAAAAAUGAUGUAUAUUUUAAUUAUGUAAAUAAUAACAUUAAAAUUCUAAUGUUCUCAAAUAUUCUUUUACUUUUUGAUUUUUAAAAUAUAAAUCUAUUUGAUUUGAUAAAUUUUAUAAAUUGGCAAAGCUCCAUUAAAAAAUGAAGGAAAUCAUUUAGGAGCUUUUUUUGUUGUUCCAUUCCUGUUUCUUAUAUAUUAAAUUAUAUAAUUUUAUAUAACAAAAGAAUAAUUCAGGCAUUCAUUUUUACAUAAACUUUUGGUCUUGAGAAAACUUUUAUCCCUUCUUCUAAUUUAUUCAAUUGCUUUUCUAUUUCUAUUUUUCGUCUCUGCGCCCUAAGAGUAUCCACUUUUAUGGGCAUCAUAUUUAAUUCAUUUACGUAAUCUUGGUAAUCUGUAAUAGUGAUAUUAAUUUAAAUGCAAUUCUGAAUUAAAGAACUUACUUAUUUUUUAAAUCACAUAAAUUUCAAAUCACUUUUUUUUAACAUUUGCAAUGUUUCCUUGCGCUCAUUAUCAGGCAAUGGAACAUGACCAUUUGGACAAUGAGGAUCUAAUUCUUCUUGUUUAGCUUUCUGCAUCUUUUCUUGAAUUUCCUUUCUAUUUUUAAUAUAUCUAAAAAUACAAUUGAAAGUGGUAUUUACAAAUUAUGAAUUAUUAAUAAUCACUACUUUCGAAGACUAAAAUAUAAAAUGUAAAAAAAAAUCUAAUUAAUGAAUAACAUAACAUAUAUAUGAAUAUAUAACAUACUUCGGAACUACACCCAUGCGAUAGUUUGUAGGAAUAUUGUUGUUGUUGUUGUUGUUCGUAUUGUUACUAGCGUUGUUAUUUACUUGAGUUAUCGUUUUAUUAGUUGCAAAGCUAUGUUCUUUGUUUAAUUUAAUAAAAUUUACUUCUUUAGACGAUAAAGAUUUGUAAUUUUUUGUAUCACAUUUAUUCUUUUUAUUUUGUGCAUUUUUUUCGAGAACUUGAAUAUCUCCUUGAUCCAAUGGUGAAUUUGUUAUACUCCUCGAAGAUACAUUGAUUUCUUCAUUUAUAUCAUUUUUUAUUACUUCAUUAUAAUCCAAAUAUUUCUUUGAAGGAUAUCUGCCCAGAGAAAUUAUUAUUAACAAAUAUUUACAUAUACUAUAAUUACUUUAUUCUAUUAUAACUUCAUAGUGUCUAUAAGAAAACAAAAAAUGAGUAUAUUAAAUCGACAAGAAACAUUGCUUUAUACAUAAGACAACAUUCAAUUACUUUAGAAGUUUAAAUAAAAUAUACAAAUGUACGUACUUAACUAUCCCUUCAGAAUAUAAAUUUUCAAUUUCAUUCGUAUCCAAUGUUUGAAUACCUUGAUUUUUAACUUUAACUUGAACUUUUAUGUAGUUAUCAUUAUCCCCAACAGAUUUAUGUGAAAUAUCAGGAUCUAAUGAAACAUUCUCAUGCAAUUUUUGCUUACAUUUAUGUAAUUCCUUAUGUCCUUUCUUUCUUUCCUUAACUAACAAAUUGUUACUCAUCGAAUGUAUUGUCUUUUUCAUAGGAACAUUAUUUUUGUUUAAAGUUGACACACUCGUUUUCUUACAUAAUUCUUGAUGUUGAUCUAAUUUAGUAUUUACAUUUAUAUUCGCAUUAGUAUCGUGUUUUCUCAUUCGAAGAUUUGUGUUAACUUUGGGUAAAACAUUGUUGUAAUUAUUACUACAGUUAGCAUUAUUAAUCGUCUUUCUUUGAUUGGAUACUUGUGAUUUUUGUGUUUCUUCUGUUCCUUUAUUAGCAUGAAAUUGACGAAGAUUUUUCACAUUUUCAUAUAUAAAAUUUUUUCCUUUUAUUGAUUCUAGAAAGAAAAAAGAUAUUAAUCAUUAAUUUGAAAUAAAGGUGAUUAUACACAAGUACAAAAUUAUUUUAUUGUUUUAUUGUCAGCGAAUAAUUCCAAUUACUGACGUACUUGAAUCAGGGAAAAUGCCUUUUAAUGUUGUCAUAUCCAAUUGUCAUUUAAUACUAUCACCUAAAUGUAAUUUCUUUUUCUUUCUUCAAUAAUCCAUGAAAUGUAAUAUCACACUUGUAAUAUUUCUAACCGACUAAUUUUUAAUGCAUAAUUUAAAUUCUUUCACUGUCAGCGUUACUAAAUAAACAAUGCUGUUUAUAAAAUGAAAUACAUCACGUAUGAUGUUUAGAUAUCCAGUGUAGCCAACGUGACUUAAUUUUACUUCACUGGGAAUUCGUAUAAAAUUUUUAGAAUAAUUUCCCUAGAUGUAAAUUAGAUUGUAACUUCAUUUUAAAUAAGGAAAAAUUUCACUUACCACGUUAACGUACAUAGUUUAAUGACGUUAUUAUUAUUUUUAACAUAUUUAAUAUUAUUAAUAAUUAUUGUUAACAUGUUUUCAUUAAAUCAAUAUAAUCGCAAAAUACAUUCGUUCUUUGCAAGAUCGAAUAAUGUUUCAAUUAAUUUUUUAGAUAGUCUCUGUUAUAACAUAAAUUUAUAAUAUGUAUAUAGUAUAACAUAAAUUUAUAAUAUGUAUAUGCUAUUAUUUUUGUAAUAGUAGAAUUAGUUGAAAUAAAUAAAAGAAUAGUAGAAAUAAAACUACAGCUUUGAUUUGCAAUCCUGAGAUGUUACAAAAUACGCUUCUGAAUUUAAAAUUUCUAAUUCCUAAAUAAGUCGAAAAUCGAUCAUAUCGAACAACCAAAAAUAACAGAUUUAGGAAAGUAGUCUAUUUUUAUGCAAUAAUGAGUACAAACUCGUUCCUAAAAAUCAUAAUUCAUUAGCAAGUACGUACUAACCAAUAGCUGAAACUGCAAAUACCACGUGAUUAAUUUCGUUUAGCUCUACUGAUUUGAUUCGUUAGAUGGACUACAGUGAUAUAAAUUGAAUAUGCUGCGUUUUUAAAUUAAUUUUGAACAAGAUCCUGCAUAUUACAUUUAAAUCAAAUAAAUCAUAUGUAUCAUAACAAGUGUAACACAAAUGGUACGAUAUUCUAUUAGAAUUUAGACGAUAAAAUGCUAUUAUUUUGUACUGUUUUUGUUACUGUGAAAUGCAUUAAAACGAGGUUAAAAUGACGCUGUUUUUAAAUUACUUUACAAUUUGUUGUUUGUCCAUUUACACUAAAAAGUAUAAUCUUAUUAAUAUUAAACAUUUAUUUAAAUAUAUAUUAUACUUAAGUAUCGUGUACAUAUUUUCAAUUCAUGUGUAUUUUCUUAAACAUGAUUUUAUUACAGUUAAAAGUACCAAAAUAUAUUCACAAUUGUGAACAUUUGUAUUAUUACAUGUAAUUUCAACAAAUAUAUCUUCUGCAAUUUUCUCCACCAAAUGCAUUAUCAAUUUUUUGAACUAUUAUUCGCGAGUAAAUCAUAUAAAAAAAAAAGAAUAAUAUUAAUCGCAGAAUUUGAACAAUAUACAAUUGUAAAGAUCGCUGAACUGAAGAAAAUGCUAGUAUACUUUUUUUUUUAGAUUUUAACAAUAAUUACUUGA